AGCGGGGGGGAGGAUGGAACAGUUGCGCAAGCCAAGUCCUAUCUAGUGCUUCUCCUAUCUCAGUUCGAAAGGUGUUUUUUUUGUUGUUGGGUUUUUGUUUUUUUUUUUUCUUAAUGCAAAGCGUCACAAAGCCAGGAAUUCCCAUCUGUGCUCAGUUUGCCCCUAGCGUCACUGUGCCCAAGAAACUCCAAUCUGUCAAGGCUCGGGUCUGGGGAGCUCACUGAAUUCCAAACGACAGAAAGAGGAAACUUUCCCGGCAAGAUGCGGGUGUGAUGCGAGCCAGGGGCCCGGGGAGUGGGAGGUGGGGGGAACGACGCUGUCCCAGCGCAGACCGUCUGCUCCCGCUCUUCUUUAGUCGCAAUCGGAGCUGGUAUUUGCUUUUAUUUUUUAAAGUGCGUUCGGCCAUUGCCCUGGAUCACCCGCACACGCGUCUCCGGCCGCGCUCACACACACUCAUACACGCAAGCAAACGCGCUGCCGGCGCCAGGUCGGCAACUUUCUGGGGCGCUCCCGGCGGAGCUCGGCUUCCUCCUGUAGUAGUUGGGCGCAGGCCCCGCCUCCCAGUCGUGUUGUCAAACGGGCCGGGGUCUCGGAUUGGUCCAGCCGCUGGGACAACACCUGCUCGACUCCUUCAUUCAAGUGACACCAGAGCUUCCAGGGAUAUUUGAGGCACCAUCCCUGCCAUUGCCGGGCAAUCGCGGCGCUGCUAACGGCCUGGUCACAUGCUCUCCAGAGAGCUACGGGAGGGCGCUGGGUAACCUCUAUCCGAGCGGCGGCCGCGAGGAGGAGGGAAAAGGCGAGCAAGGAGGAAGAGUGGGAGGAGGAGGGGACGCAGCCAAGGAGGAAGAAGAGGAGGAGAGCACAAAGAAUCCAGGUCUCCGGGCGGGAGGUUUACACACAGAACCAUGUGUGCCGAGCGGCUCUGCCAGUUCGUGACCCUGGCUUUGGUACUGGCCACCUUCGACUCGGCGCGGGGGACCGACGCCACCAACCCGCCGGAGGGUCCCCAAGACAGGGGUUCCCAGCAGAAAGGCCGCCUGUCCCUGCAGAACACAGCGGAAAUUCAACACUGUUUGGUCAACGCUGGCGAUGUGGGGUGUGGUGUGUUUGAAUGUUUCGAGAACAACUCUUGUGAGAUUCGAGGCUUACAUGGGAUUUGCAUGACUUUUCUGCACAACGCUGGAAAAUUUGAUGCCCAGGGCAAGUCAUUCAUUAAAGAUGCCUUGAAGUGUAAGGCCCACGCUCUGCGGCACAGGUUCGGCUGCAUAAGCCGGAAGUGCCCCGCCAUUAAGGAAAUGGUGUUCCAGUUACAGCGGGAAUGCUACCUCAAACACGACCUGUGCUCUGCCGCCCAGGAGAACACACGGGUGAUGGUGGAGAUGAUUCACUUCAAGGACUUACUGCUGCAUGAACCGUACGUGGACCUGGUGAACCUGCUGCUGACGUGCGGAGAAGAGGUGAAGGAGGCCGUCACCCACAGCGUCCAGGCACAGUGCGAGCAGAACUGGGGAGGCCUGUGCUCCAUCUUGAGCUUCUGUACCUCGGCCAUCCAGAGGCCCCCCACGGUGUCCCCUGAGCGCCAGCUCCAGGCAGACAGAGCCAAGCUCUCCAGGGUCCACCACGGGGAGGCAGGUCACCCCCUCUCAGAGCCCAGUAGUCGGGAGACUGGCCGAGGUGCCAAGGGAGAGCGAGGUAGCAAAAGCCACCCAAACGCCCAUGCCCAGGGCCGAGCCGCCAGCCACGGGGGCCAGGGAACAUCUGGAAGCAGCGAGUGGGAGGAGGAACAGUCUGAGUAUUCCGAUAUCCGGAGGUGAAACGAAAGGCCUGGCUGGGAAAUCUUUCCUCCAUGCCGUCCAUUUUCUUCUCUAUGGACAUUCCAAAACAUUUGCCAUUAAAGAGGGGGGAUGUCUACACGCAGGAUUUGGUGGGAAUUGCGGACUUGAUGCAGGUGUGUGCUAGCGGAACGAACAGGUGAGGCAGAGGUGACCUGGGCAGCAGCGAGGUCUCGGCUGGGCCCGUGGAGCGUUCCCACACUUGCACAUCCCUAAGUGAGCGUGCACGCGGCCUCCUUGCAACUUUGUCUUCUUUCCAUCCGUGGAGCCACUGGGCGGCGGCCUGCGGUUUGCUCUGCUGUGGGGGAGUUGGGCCGGGGAAGGGCAGGGGUCAGACUGGACCGCACACUCGGUGCUGGGCUCCAGGCCCGCAGCUCUGGUGCUGUCUUGGCAGAGGGCGGGCUGGAUCCGGGUGCAGCAGUGAAUGUGAAAACCGCCCUGGGAGUCAGAAGGGUGGAGAGGAGAUGGGGGCUGUGUGGGUGCUUGGUGCCAAAUGGAAGUUCAGUUUCUUGCAUGGGGCCUUGAGGUUUGGAGCUGCUGGGGACGGGGAGGGCAAGGGUUCUAAGUGUAAUUUCUGAGCCAUUGUUCCGUCUGGGGGACCAUGUCCGAGGGAGUGGUCCCUGUGGGUCUGUAUAUUAACCACUGCUUCGAAUCUCUAUUUCACUUUUUUAUUUAUCCAGUUACAUCUACAUACCUGUCGUCUAAAUAAAUGGCUUUUGAACAAA